UGAUAUUAUGAUUUGAACAUCUGGCUUAAAAGGAAAACAGUAAGCCAGGCCAUCACUUCCACCGAUUCUUUGGCCACUGAAGCUCGAUCAAUCGCUUCUCUAAACCCAACCCGGAAAAUGAACAAUCAUCCAUCCUCUUUCUUUCAAUCUAUCCAUAAAAUUUUCUCCCUUUAUUUUCGCAACACAACAUAACAUAACCCUUUCAUUUCAACUCUUUUCAAAGCCGUUAAUACUUUGCAGUUCCUUUUUUUUUUCUUUUUCUUCAUUUCCACCAUAGUCGUUAUUAUUAUGGGUAAGAGAAAGCAAAGUGCUGACAAAACAAAGAACAGGAAUCAUCUUCCUUCUUCCUCGGGCAUUGUUCCGUGCUCUUCUGAAUUGCAAGAAUUGUCUAAAGAGAAAUCUUCACUUUUAGUUGAAUCUAGUGAAAACAAGCUGUACACAUCUAGCAUGGAUAUCACCGAUAAUUCAGUGAAGCUGUUAAACACCCACACUUCUCUUUCAAGCCAUCAUUACAAUCUUGGUCGUUCUAUAUUCAUAAAAAGAUCACGUCAUCACUAUGGCCACCACUACUCUCGGAGGAACUCUGUUAACCGUGGCAAUGCAUCGAGUUCUCAUGGCAAGGGUCCUCCUUCAUGUGAUGGGAGACUGUUAUAUAAGUUGUCUACUCAAUGCAAUGCAGAGUCUGGACAGAAUGCUGAGAACAGCGAAAAUCCAUUUGGUAGGCCUGAGAGAAUGAGGUCCAGUUCCUUGGUAAAGGAUGCCUCAUCAGCGGAUGCGGUGAAGAUGGUAUGUGGGAUCUGUCAGAAGCCGUUGAGACGUAAACCUUAUCUUCUUGGAAUCACAAACGCUGUUUCUUCGGGUGAUUACUGUAUUGUUGGUGUUUUAGUUUGUGGUCAUGUGUAUCAUGCAGACUGCCUGGAAAAGAGAACAUCUGCAGAAGAAGGAUGCGACCCACCCUGCCCACUGUGUACGAGUGUGCCGUUGCAAGUUGGGUCAUCAGGAGCACAGGAAUAGGUUGUACAGAUGACUUUACAUCUAUGAUACUAAUGAAAGAGAGCAUAUACAUAUUAUUAGAUGGAAAAACUUACUCGGAUUUGUAGACAGUUCAUGUAAUCUGAAACAUACUGUUGUACGGGCUAGAAUUUAGGCUUUGCAUUAUAAUCAAGUCUUAGCCACCAGGAAUAUGCAGAAA